AUGUACAGCGUCACAACAUACAGGCUAGGCACUACGGUCUUGAUCAAGCAUUUUAAAUUGGUUGUGCCAUCUAAAGCGCCAACUGGCCUGCGUUUCUCGACAUUUAGCGUGUCAAACGUACCGACUAGGGCAAUGUUCCGCAAAGCGGUUCAAGAUCACUCUGGGAAAGGCGCCGUAUCCGCAAAACCGCUUUAUCCUAACAACCACAAACUGAAUGCGAGUAAUUUCUCGACUACUAAGCAACAUUCGACCGUUGCCGGAGCCAAACGGAAAAUCGAAAUGGCCAGCGCCGGACAGUCGGCAUUAGGAUCCCUUCAUGAUGCCGUGUAUUUCGAUGAAAAUGAUUUUGAUGACGACGAUGACCUAGACUUUGAGAUACUCAAACCAGGCCCUCUAAGUCAAGACUCCCUACCAGCGUCAACCGAGACCCCGAGUUUACCAUCACAAACCAACUAUAAUGCGAACAACUUUACAAGCAAUACUAGGAUGAGUGGUACUGGGUAUAGUCAAAACUCGAGGACACAGAAUGUGUCUCAAUCCGAUAUCAAGUAUCCCGAGCUUCCGGAGAUGGACGACAUGCCCCAGGAACAAUUACCACCCAGCAGUAUGCCAAUUCCGUGGUCUUCAUCUCCUCCAUCACAUUAUCAACCACCCCAGCCAAAGCGGCGCAAAUUGCCUUGGGGUCAGCAAGGGCAGGAUGGCAGUCGUAGCAAUCCGAUAACCCCGGCGCCAAUAAAAAGAUCAUCAUCUUCAAAGGCCGAGAUGCCCUGGAACAAAACUGCCAGUACUGUGAAGGACGAACAAAAGGAGCUGAGGAAAAUAAACAAAAAAAGACAAACGGCAGCCGACUACCAUUUAACUAAGCCCCAGUCAAGGGUCGCCUCUCUAUUUCUGAGUGAAGAGCAAAAAGCAGUUCUCGAUGCCGUUGUCGAUCGACAGAAGAGUAUAUUCUUCACUGGAUCCGCAGGAACUGGAAAAUCCGUUCUCAUGCGAGAGAUCAUCAAGAAACUGCGGGACAAGUAUAGGAGAGAGCCUGACCGUGUCGCUGUGACCGCAUCUACUGGUCUUGCAGCUUGCCAUAUUGAGGGUGUUACCCUACACAGUUUUGCUGGCAUUGGACUGGGUAAAGAGCCAGCAGCGGAACUGUUCAAGAAGGUGAGGAAAAACCAGAAGGCUCGGAAUCGCUGGUUGCGGACGAAGGUCUUGAUUAUCGAUGAAGUGUCAAUGGUCGAUGGUGACCUUUUCGACAAACUGGAAGAAAUUGCCAGGCGUAUUCGAAAUAAUGGGCGGCCCUUCGGUGGAAUUCAGCUGGUUGUCACUGGUGACUUUUUCCAGCUGCCACCGGUACCGGACACCUCGGCUCGAGACGCCAAGUUUGCUUUUGACGCUGCGACAUGGAAUACUUCAAUUCAACAUACCAUCCUGUUGACACAUGUCUUUCGGCAGAAGGAUCCGGUUUUUGCGGAGAUGUUGAACCAAAUGAGACUGGGAAGAAUCACACCGCAGACGACAGAGGCCUUCAAGAAAUUAUCACGACCCUUAGAUUUCCACGAUGACUUGGAUGCUACCGAAUUAUUUCCCACACGCGCGGAAGUAGAGAAUGCGAAUGGUUUGCGAAUGAGCAGACUUUCAGGCGAAGUAAUGACUUUCCAUGCUCAGGAUUCUGGGACUAUCCAGGAUGUACAGAUGCGAGACAGAUUGCUUGCCAACUGUAUGGCACCACCAGUCAUUCAUCUGAAGAAGGGAGCCCAGGUCAUGCUGAUCAAGAAUAUGGAGGAUAACUUGGUCAAUGGCUCACUGGGUAAGAUUGUCGCAUUCAUGGACGAAACCACAUUUGAUUAUUACCGGAACAAUGAAGAUGAAUUUACUGGAGAUGGUAAAGAAGGCAGCGACGAUGACGAUGCGGCUGCCCGUAACCGCAAGAAGAUUCGGGCUUUAGCACACAAGGAUGGGGGUAUCAGUACAAGUCGCAAGUGGCCAUUAGUCUGCUUUACGCAACAAGAUGGCACCGAACGGCAUCUUCUUUGUCAGCCAGAGACCUGGAAGAUAGAACUGCCCAACGGUGAAAUCCAGGCGCAGCGUUCGCAAGUACCGUUGAUUUUAGCAUGGGCUCUCUCUAUUCACAAGGCCCAGGGCCAAACUCUUCCUCGAGUUAAAGUGGACUUGGGGCGAGUAUUCGAGAAAGGACAAGCAUACGUUGCACUUAGCCGAGCAACAUCUCAAGACGGACUUCAGGUGACAGGAUUCGAUCCACGGAAAGUCAUGGUGCAUCCAAAGGUCAUUGACUUUUAUUCUAAACUUGCCGAUAUCAACUCGGUGGUCAACCCUAGCGGCAAUACCAAGAAAGAAGUGAACGGUGGGAGAACAGUCAACGAAUACGACGACAAUGACGAGUUAUAUAACGAGUAUAUAGCAGGCUUGUUAUAGCCUGUUGUUUAUUGUCGGCGAUACCUUCAUAUGCAGAAGUAUAUUACUGUAAAUAUAUA